GGACACUAGGUGAGCGAUUCGGAAGAUGCAUCCGGCACCGAUCGGACCCCACGCAGACGCUAGACUAAACCUUCUAGGAGAAUGGAAAUUCGAAAUUGACCGAGAAGCUGAGCUUGACAAUGACAAGCGGGCGUUUGAUAUUGUUGCGUCUGUUCUUUGACCGUAUCGUGACAGAAAACCAAUUGUGCCAAAUUUAGAGAGAUUGCUUUGUAGGCAUGCCUGCGGCACGGUCUGCCAAGGUCAGUUUUCUUCAGCAACGCGUUGUACCAGAUCUGAUACUCAUUUCGUUAUUGCUAUUAUUCUGUAUGCGAAUAUCCACUUCCCGGGGCUCAAGCAGAGACCGAGCAAUGGGCGAGCGAGGCUGCGGAGCCUGGAGGUGGCGGGCACGGAAGCGGACACGGAUCCGCGACGUUGAGCUGCACUGUGAUAAGGAAUCAGCCGAUAUUCGAGCUCUCGCCAGUAGUCCCCGCGCAGACCUUCAGGAGCCAAGAUGUCAAGGGAUCGAAAUCAGGUUACCAAUUAGUGAACGGCAGCGGCGAGGCAAGGCGAGGCGAGGCGAGACGAGACGCAAGAUACAGGCACGUCAAGCGUCUUGCAUGUGCUCAUGACACAGGAUAGACAUUGAGCGCCAAUGGCUGCCUCAGAUACGAGAUUGGAUUUCUUCAGCUGAAGGAGCCGAUCUCGGUUG